CUGAAAAAAGUUGAAAAGUCCUCAUAAAGACUAAAGAACAAAUUGAUAUGGUCCAUCCUCCCACUGUGUCAGCUUGCACGUCUGUCACGGCGCACACUUCCGGGUUCCCGACUUUGCAGUGCGCAUUUCCGGGUUCUCCACCCUUUGGCGCUAUAUAAACAUGCUGUCAGCGUGCCUUCUUUGCCAGAUGAUCUCUCUGGUUUGCUGUCGAGUCAUCCCGCCCUUAGCCUCUGCUGGACUUCUUUUGUUGUCGCUUCUCGGCUGGAUUUCGGACAUUGUCGCCGCACCCCCUACACCGGAUCAUGUCCACCCUGCAAGCAUUCGACUGGUCCUCAGGUUUCUGUCCCCGAGAAAACUUUGAGGCACUCCCCGGAGACACUCGACUCACAUGCGUGACUCAGUUGUUUCGAUGGCUAACUGACACCUUGUGCUGUGACCGUGGCACCCAGUCAUGGAUGGACACAUACCCAGAUUGUCGCUUAUCUUUGUUCUAUUGGCAGUAGUAGGAUUUAUACUGCUCAUUAGCAGCAUCACAUCUCUGGAGGAUUUUAAUGAUCAACUAACAUCCACCUUCUACAAAAUACAGAGCAGUAUCCACUCAGCCUUUGAGCCUCCCGAUAAUGUGUUGCUGGCGGAGGUAAAUUACACGUACUGUGCACAAUUUGUCCAAAAGCCCACUGCAGAAGAGGCCAUAGAAGAGAGACAUUUGCUUGAUUCCAUUGCAUGGCCAGAUCCACCAGUGAAAGACCUCCCUGUGGAGUUCAGCAGUAACCCUGCCAAGAGCUACUAUGUGAUUCAAGGUGAACCAGAGCAACACAUAGGUGGUCAGCUUGUGGUUAAUGUCCAUGUGCACAACUUCUUGGGCCUACCUAAGAGGCAUGGAGGAGAUUUCCUGACAGCCAGGCUGCAUUCACCCAAGCUAGGUGCUGGGGUUGUAGGGAAGGUGCAUGACCACAAUGAUGGGAACUAUACAGUGCUGUUCCCACUGCUGUGGGCUGGUGAAGUGCAAGUAGAAAUUACUAUGGUGCAUCCUAGUGAGGCAGUGGCAGUGCUCAAGAGAUUACGAAAGGAGCAAACUCGCACAGUGAUUUUUAAAAGCCAGUUCCGCUCUGGUGACCUAUCAGAGACCACUGAGUGUGACAUGUGUCUUCCUCACAACCAGAAACCUCUCUGUAAUUACACUGAUCUUGAAACUGGAGAGCCCUGGUACUGCUACAGACCAAAAAAGCUAGGCUGUGACACACGAAUAAAUCAUUACAAAGAGGGUUAUAGGAAGACCCUCUUAAACAAGAAUGAAGCACGGUUUUUCAAGAGGGGAGUAAAUAUAAAAGUGCCUAUACCCGCAGCAAAGAUGGACCGUGUGACUGUAUUACCUGCAGAAAAUGAUCAAACCAAAGUAGAAAGUACUAACAAUGCUGCUGGCUACUACUUUCAAGAUACCUGGAGGUCUCUGAGUGGUUCAGCCAUCCAGCAUUUUACUAGCUCAUCAGCCAUAACAAGUUGUCUUAAAGGGAAGAUUGUGUACAUGCAUGGAGAUUCAACAAUACGCCAGUGGUUUGAGUACCUUGCUGAUUUUGUUCCUAACCUGAAACCAUUGAAUCUUUACAGCCUUAUUAAGGUAGGACCAUUCAUGCUUGUGGAUGACACUAACAAUAUUCUAGUGAAGUUUCGCUGCCAUGGGACGCCCAUCCGCUCCCCCCCAGUGUACACCUCUGAACUGCACUAUGUAGCAAAUGAGAUAGACAGGAUAGAGGGUGGGCCAAACACUGUGUUUAUUAUAAGUGUGUGGGCUCACUUCGGCACUUACCCAAUUGAAGCAUAUAUACGGCGACUACGGCAAAUACGGAAGGCUGUGGUGCGGCUGCUAAACCGUGAGCCAGAUACGUUGGUGGUGAUCCGCACUCCCAACAUGCAGAAGUUUGAUCCAGCAUAUAGCCUGUUCUAUAGCAACUGGUUCUGUCUGCAGAUUGAUACUGUGCUGCGUGGAAUGUUCAAAGGACUCAAUGUGAAGUUUCUGGAUGCCUGGGAAAUGACGCUGGCCCAUUACCUACCACAUGACCUACACCCACCCCAACUCAUUAUUAAAAACAUGGUUGAUGUCAUCCUCUCCUAUAUCUGUCCAGCUGGGAAAACAUAAAAUGGUGUACAAAACCUUUGUAUUUAUUAACGUUAGUAAUAUAGCUGUGGGAAAUUCUGUAAUAAUGGUUCUGCAAAUAACUUUCAAAAGUUGAUAAAACAUGGUAAUGUAAUUUAUUAAAGUCAAACAUUUGAAAGCUGAUCCUACAUUUAAUAUGAGCAUUCUGUAAGCAAAAUGAGAGAGGAGUGUAAUUGUGAAACGUUUUGAAAUGUUGAAAUGUUUUGCAAGAAUGAAUUUACAGAAGACAGGAUUAUCAAAUAUAAGUAUUUAAAUAAAUGAUUUUUAGGAUCAUUUCCCUAAAUUCUGUCCAGUCAGUUUGUGCUCACACAUACUCUUACAUUUUAUCCAGGUUUUCUCCCAUGAUGGCCAAAUUUAUACUCUCUGCAAAUCUGUAAAAGUUACACACAGCACAAGUAAUAAAGCAAAUGGUAGUUAAGCAUCAUUUUAAGUUUUACAGUUUAUUUUCAGAGUAAUGCAAUCAGGAUAUGAAUUUACUCAGCUUCACAUUGGUAAAAAUACAAUCUCAAUAUCAGGGGUAUUUUUUGUUUUGUUUGUUUAGCCUUUUUUUUUUACUGUAUACUUGUAGGGAAAAUAAUCUCACUUAUCCAGUUUAGCCCAAAGGUGAAUUCUUCCUUUCUGUCACAUUUAGUCUCAUGGAGAUUUAUUUUGAUGCAUCUCACUAGUUCUCGGCUGGAUUUUUAACUAUUCUGCUCACGCUGUGUUUGGAUUACCCUGUUCGGAUUUGUUGCC